AUGGAUGGAUUUCACCAAAUAUAAUUAGUUUUUUAGGUAUAACAUGUUAUUAUAUUGAUGCUGAUUGGAAAGUUCAAGAUGUAUUUCUUGAUUUUAUUAGUUUUACGGGCUCACAUUCAGGAGAAAAUAUAGCAAAUGCUUUUUCUCAAAGUCUUUAA